AUGUCGCUCCUUUUCAAAAACCUUAGGAUCCACCAGGUCUUCGGGGCCAACACCGAUGUCGGCAAGACCGUGCUCACCGCCGCUCUCGUCCGAGCUUCCGCGGCCAAGGGUCACGACGUCUACUACCUCAAACCGGUCAGCACAGGACCCAUCUCCGAUGCCGACGACGCACGCGUGGUCGCUUUGGCUGGCCCACACCAAAGUCUCGUCCGAAGCACCUGCCUCUUUCGUUUUGACGAUCCCGUCAGCCCGCAUCUCGCCGCAUUGCGCGCUAAUGAAAAUGCGUCUGAACAGAGAGUCGUCCCAACAGACGACGCCUUCGUCAACGCCGUCGCAUCUAAUGUCCGCAGUUGUGCAAGUGGUGUCUCCAGAUUCAGCCAUAUGUACGUUGAGACGGCAGGAGGCGUUCACAGCCCCACACUAUCCGGCACCACUCAGUUGGAUAGCUACCGGCCGCUCUUCUUCCCGACGGUGCUGAUAGGCGACUCCCGGCUCGGUGGAAUCUCCUCCACCAUCGCGUCGUUCGAGUCCAUGCUCAUGCGCGGAUACACGGUCGAUGCCAUCCUGCUCUUUCGGGACGAGUACUACCGCAACUGGGAGUACCUGACUCCCUACUUCGCAGAGCGUGGCAUUCCCGUGAUGUCCGUCGACGCCCCACCCGAGCGACACGCAGACGCAGCAAGAGACACGGACAUCACGGAACGCUACUUCCAAAAUCUUGUCCCACGGUCUGGAGACAGCGCCAUUUACGACGUGCUGAAGCACCUGGACGACUGCCACGCGAAACGCAUCGCUGAGCUGAAAUCCAUGCCCCGUCGCACCUUGGACACGAUCUGGUGGCCCUUCGUUCAGCACGCGCACGUCAAGAGCGAAUCCGAGGUCAACGUGAUCGACAGCGCAUGGGGAGACUUUUUCAGCAUCUACAACGAUCAUCGCCGCGGCACCCCUGCGGCUCCCAAUACCCCCACCUCGUCUCUCUUAGAGCCCCAGUUCGACGGCUCCGCCUCCUGGUGGACUCAAGCCGUCGGUCACGCACACCCAACCCUCGCCCUCGCCGCCGCGCACGCCGCGGGCCGCUACGGCCACGUCAUGUUCCCCGAAGCGACGCAUCUCCCCGCGUUGCAGCUCGCCGAGGACCUUGUCCACCGCGGCCCGGGCGCAGGCUGGGCCGCCCGCGCCUUCUUCUCCGACGACGGCUCCACUGGGAUGGAGGUCGCGCUCAAGAUGGCGCUGCGCGCGUACGCCGCGCGGCACCCCGGCACCAGCGGCGCGCGCCGGAAGGACCUGGGCGUGCUCGGGCUCGCGGGCAGCUACCACGGGGACACGAUCGGCGCGAUGGACGCCUGCGCGGACGCGGGCGUGUACACGUGCGAGUGGCACGACGCAAAGGGCUUCUGGUUCGCGCCGCCGACGGUCUCCGUCCGCGGCGGGCGGACCGUCGUCUCGCUCCCGCCCGCCCUCGCCGCCGCGAACGCGGGCGGCGCCGCGGACGUCGAGACCGUGUCGCUCGCGUGGACGUACGAUGUCGGCGCGCGGCUUGACUCGCCACUCGCCGCGCUCUACCGCGCGUACAUCACGCGCGCGCUGGCGGACCUGCGCGCUGCGGGGGGCCCGACGAUCGCCGCGCUCGUGCUCGAGCCGCUUGUGAUGGGCGCGGGCGGGAUGGUGUUCGUCGACCCGCUCUUCCAGCGCGUGCUCGUCGACGUCGUCCGCGCCUCGUCGCCCGCGCCGGCCCCGGGGGCGUGGUCGGGCCUGCCCGUCAUCUUCGACGAGGUCUUCGUAGGCCUCUACCGCCUCGGCCUUCCGAGCACCGCGCCGCUGCUCGGCGUCGCCCCCGACAUCUCCGUGUACGCCAAGAUCCUCACCGGGGGACUCGUCCCGCUCGCCGCGACGCUCGCCUCGGAGUCGAUCUACGACGCCUUCCUCAGCGACAGCAAGGCCGACGCGCUCCUCCACGGGCACAGCUACAGCGCGUACCCGGUCGGGUGCGCCGUCGCGCGCGCGAGCCUGCAGCUCGUCGAGAAGAUGGCGGCGAGCCCUGCUUGGGCGGACGCGCGGGCGCGGUGGCGGGUCCCGGAGCCGGAGUCGGCGCGGGCGAAGGAGGCGGCGGUCUGGAGCUUCUGGGACCCCGAGUUCGUGCACGUCGUGUCGAAGAUGGAGCGCGUUGCGGAGGUCAUGGCGCUCGGGACGGUGCUCAGCAUCAAGAUCCGGGACGACGCCGCAGGAUACCAAUCCCAUUCUGCGAGGGCGCUCUUCGAGUCACUCAGGCUCGCCGCGCAAGACGGCGGAGACAACCUGUCAGCUGCCCCGGGAGGUUCUCCGUUCGGGAUCCACUACCGCACACUGGGCAACGUGGGCUACUUCAUGCUGAGCCUCAACACGCCCUCUGAAGUCACGCGAACAGUCGAGGAAAGAAUUUGGGCCGCACUUAGCAAGCAAUGA